AUGAAUUCAUUUGUAAUUAGAAACGGCUUUGGUUUAGUUAGAACUUUCAAUACUAGAUUAUUCACCACUUCAACUCAAAAUUUAGAGGGUGAAUUAAAGACUAUUUUAGGACAAGCAAAAGUAUCAAAAUUACAAGAAAAAUUAAAGUUGGACCCAAGAAGUAAAAUCACUUUCAAUGAUUUUAAAGGUAUUGCUAAAGAAGUUGGAAUUGAAGAAAAAGAAAUUAACUCUGUUUCAAAUGCACUCGCUCAAUCUGGUUCAAUCAUCUACUUACCAAAUAGUUUAAAUGAAAAUUUGAAGACUAGUGUAUUCACAAAACCAGCUCAUAUUUACCAAUCAUUAGAACAUAUUUUAGAUAUUGAAAAUAAAGGUGUUGGUUUAAAUAAAUUAAUUGAAUCAAAGAAAUCAGAAAUUAAUAGUUUAAGACAAAAAAUUCAACCAUUAGAAGAAAAAAAACAAGUUAUUGAUAGAAAAGCACAUAGAAGAGCAACUGCAAUUAUUUGGACAGGUUUAGGUUAUUGCUUUGCUCAAGCUGCUAUUUUAGCUAGAUUAACAUGGUGGGAUUUAUCAUGGGAUAUCAUUGAACCAGUAUCUUACUUUUUAACAUUUGGUAGUGUUUUAAUUGGUUACACCUAUUUUACAAUGACUAAAACUGAAUUCACAUAUGAAGCCUUAAAUCAUAGAUUAUUUUCAAAGAGACAAGAUAAACUCUUUAAAAGAAAUAACUUCCCAAAGGAAGAUUAUGAAAAUUUAGUUCAAGCAAUCGAUAAAAAAGAAAAAGAAUUAAAAGAAUUAGAACUUGCCACUAAAUAUGAUCAUACUCAUUAA